AUGGCAGACUCGAAGGUGAAGGACAUGGGCCUGGCCGAGUUCGGCCGUAAGGAGCUCACUCUGGCAGAGCAUGAGAUGCCUGGCCUCAUGGCGGCACGCAAGGAGUUCGGCCCCUCGCAGCCUUUCAAGGGCAUGAACAUCAACGGCUCCCUGCACAUGACCAUCCAGACCGGCGUUCUGAUCGAGACGCUGGCUGCCCUGGGUGCCAAGGUGCGUUGGUGCUCGUGCAACAUCUUCAGCACGCAGGACCACGCAGCGGCUGCCAUUGCCAAGGCAGGCACUUCCACGGUCUUCGCGUGGAAGGGCGAGACGCUGCCCGAGUACUGGUGGUGCACGGAGCAGAUGAUGACCGUGCCGGGAGCUGAUGGCUGCGACCAGCUGGUGGAUGACGGCGGCGAUGCCACUCUGCUGAUCCACAAGGGCAAGGAGUUCGAGGAGAAGUUCGCCAAGGACGGCAGCCUGCCAGAUCCUUCCAGCACGACCAACGCCGAGUUCAAGUGCAUCUUGCAGUUGCUCAGGGACUCGAUCCAGGUGGACAAGACCAAGUACACCCGCAUGGCGGCCAAGUGCAAGGGUGUCAGCGAGGAGACGUUGCGGGUCUUGGGUGCGGGGUGUCAGGAUUUCGGAGCGAUUUGUGAAAGUGCGAAGGUUUGCGUGAGGCUUCGGGGUUUUCAUCAUUUUGGCGUGUUGGCUCUGAGCGGGUAUGGUGCCAACCAGCAGGAGACCACCACCGGUGUCCACCGCCUGCGCGAAAUGGCGGCCAAGGGCGAGCUGCUCUUCCCGGCCAUCAACGUCAACGACUGCCGGUUCUUUUUGUUGUGUGAUUGUGACUGCGUUACCAAGAGCAAGUUCGACAACGUGUACGGCUGCCGCCACUCCCUGCCGGACAGCAUCAUGCGCGCCACGGACGUGAUGAUCGGCGGCAAGCGUGCCCUCGUGGCCGGCUACGGCGAUGUGGGCAAGGGCUGCGCCUUCGCCAUGCGCGGAGCCGGCGCACGGGUGCUGAUCACCGAGAUCGACCCCAUCUGCGCAUUGCAGGCGUGCAUGGAGGGCUUCCAGGUCGUGACCCUUGAGGAGUGCGUGGGUGAGGUGGACAUCUUCACCUCCGCCACUGGCAACUUCAAGAUCAUCACCCUGGAGCACAUGAAGAAGAUGAAGAACAACGCCAUCGUGUGCAACAUCGGCCACUUCGACAACGAGAUCGCCAUGGAGGAUCUGGAGAAGUGCCCUGGCAUCAAGGUGGAGAACAUCAAGCCGCAGGUGGAUCGCUUCGUCUUCCCGGAUGGCCACGGCGUGAUCGUGCUGGCCUCCGGCCGCCUUGUGAACCUUGGCUGUGCCACCGGCCACCCUUCCUUCGUGAUGUCUUGCUCUUUCACCAACCAGGUGCUGGCCCAGUUGGACAUCCUGGAGAACUGCACCAAGGCUAAGAACUACAAGAACGAUGUGUACCUGCUGCCCAAGAAGCUGGAUGAGAAGGUGGCCGCACUCCACCUGCCGUCCCUGGGUGCCAGCAUGACGAAGCUGAGCAAGGAGCAGUCCGACUACAUCGGCGUGCCUGUUGAGGGGCCUUUCAAGCCGGUGAAGGACAUGGGCCUGGCCGAGUUCGGCCGUAAGGAGCUCACUCUGGCAGAGCAUGAGAUGCCUGGCCUGAUGGCGGCACGCAAGGAGUUCGGCCCCUCGCAGCCUUUCAAGGGCAUGAACAUCAACGGCUCCCUGCACAUGACCAUCCAGACCGGCGUUCUGAUCGAGACGCUGGCUGCCCUGGGUGCCAAGGUGCGUUGGUGCUCGUGCAACAUCUUCAGCACGCAGGACCACGCAGCGGCUGCCAUUGCCAAGGCAGGCACUUCCACGGUCUUCGCGUGGAAGGGCGAGACGCUGCCCGAGUACUGGUGGUGCACGGAGCAGAUGAUGACCGUGCCGGGAGCUGAUGGCUGCGACCAGCUGGUGGAUGACGGCGGCGAUGCCACUCUGCUGAUCCACAAGGGCAAGGAGUUCGAGGAGAAGUUCGCGAAGGACGGCAGCCUGCCAGAUCCUUCCAGCACGACCAACGCCGAGUUCAAGUGCAUCUUGCAGUUGCUCAAAGACUCGAUCCAGGUGGACAAGACCAAGUACACCCGCAUGGCGGCCAAGUGCAAGGGUGUCAGCGAGGAGACGUUGCGGGUCUUGGGUGCUGAUUUCGGAGCGAUUUGUGAAAGUGCAAAGGUUCUGCAUGAGACCACCACCGGUGUCCACCGCCUGCGCGAAAUGGCGGCCAAGGGCGAGCUGCUCUUCCCGGCCAUCAACGUCAACGACUGCGUUACCAAGAGCAAGUUCGACAACGUGUACGGCUGCCGUCACUCCCUGCCUGACAGCAUCAUGCGUGCCACGGACGUGAUGAUCGGCGGCAAGCGUGCCCUCGUGGCCGGCUACGGCGAUGUGGGCAAGGGCUGUGCCUUCGCCAUGCGCGGAGCCGGCGCACGGGUGCUGAUCACCGAGAUCGACCCCAUCUGCGCAUUGCAGGCGUGCAUGGAGGGCUUCCAGGUCGUGACCCUUGAGGAGUGCGUGGGUGAGGUGGACAUCUUCACCUCCGCCACUGGCAACUUCAAGAUCAUCACCCUGGAGCACAUGAAGAAGAUGAAGAACAACGCCAUCGUGUGCAACAUCGGCCACUUCGACAACGAGAUCGCCAUGGAGGAUCUGGAGAAGUGCCCUGGCAUCAAGGUGGAGAACAUCAAGCCGCAGGUGGAUCGCUUCGUCUUCCCGGAUGGCCACGGCGUGAUCGUGCUGGCCUCCGGCCGCCUUGUGAACCUUGGCUGUGCCACCGGCCACCCUUCCUUCGUGAUGUCUUGCUCUUUCACCAACCAGGUGCUGGCCCAGUUGGACAUCCUGGAGAACUGCACCAAGGCUAAGAACUACAAGAACGAUGUGUACCUGCUGCCCAAGAAGCUGGAUGAGAAGGUGGCCGCACUCCACCUGCCGUCCCUGGGUGCCAGCAUGACGAAGCUGAGCAAGGAGCAGGCCGACUACAUCGGCGUGCCUGUUGAGGGGCCUUUCAAGCCGGACACGUACCGCUACUAA